AUGGUGGUCUCGAAAGCAACUAAGGCAUCAAACGCCCUUUUUUCUAUCGCUAAGAAUACCUGGGGCAUUGGAUACAAAGCAGCCAAAUACAUUUAUCUAGGAGCAAUUGAACCUAUUUUGCUCUAUGCGGCUCCGAUCUGGGCGGAGGCUGCACAGAAGGUUCACAUUCAAAGGAAGCUUUCUAAGGCCCAGCGCAUUGCAGCUCUUAGGAUCUGCAGGGCUUACCGGACGGCCCCGACCUCUGCCCUUCUGGUCAUUGCUGGUCUGCUUCCUGUCCACAUAAAAGCCAAAAUGGCAGCCAGGAUCUGGAACAUUAACAACUUAGGCACCAGCAACUACCUCUGCAACACCAAUAAGAAUAAUACUAUGCUUUCUGAUCUCCCUGAGCAAGUAAAGGAAGAUAUCAAAUCCUACGGUAUUGAGGUGAAGGAUGCUAACUCUAAUAUGACGGUAGGCUACCCUACCAUCAGUAGUUACACCCUUCCUCAUGAUGAUACCUGUGACAUCUCCAUCUACACCGAUGGGUCCAAGAACAACGAGAAUGUGGGGGCAGCGUUUGUUCUUAUUAACCAUCAAAACGGCGACACUCAUAAGUCUGCCUUCAAAUUAGGUCCUCAUUGUUCCGUCCCCCAAGCGGAAAUACUUGCUAUUACUAAGGCAAUCGACUACGUUUUCACCGAUUGGUUCCCCCGUAACAAAACCAUCAUCGUUUAUACCGAUAGCAUCACUGCCAUCCACUACAUUACUGGCCUCCGACGCAGAGGCGAUAACGUUCUUCGAAUCCACCGUCAUCUUGCCUCUAAUACGCACAACCACAAUGUACAUUUUAAAUGGGUACGUGGCCACUCGGGUGUAGCAGGCAACGAAGCCGCCGACAGCCUCGCUAAAUCCGCCGCAGCCUCCUCCCUCCCGUCUAGCUACGACAAAAUCCCACCUUCUAAAAUUAAGUACUGGAACUUCCAGCUUGCAAUCCACCAAUGGCAACAGGAAUGGGAUAGCAGCAUCACCGGCAGGACGACUUUCAACUUCAUCCCUAACAUCACCCAGCGCCUUCAGUGGAGACACUUCUCUCCUUCUUUCGCUAUGACCCAGUUGCUUACUGGUCACGGCAACUUCAAGGCAUACUUAAAAAGAUUUCAUAUUCUAGAAGACAACAUCUGUCAGUGUGAUGGCACUUCCAUCCAGGACAGCAGUCACUUCCUCUUUGACUGUACGCUGUUCAACCAGAACCGUGACAUUCUUAUUGGCAGUGUACUCUAUGCUGGCUUCAACUGGCCCUGUCCUUUUAACGUCUUCCUUGAAAACAAGGACAUUUAUUAUAAGCUAGCAGACUUCCUCUCAGCGACGGCAGCACUGAAUCCAGCGAGCAGUCUACACAUCGCAAACAACAGUGUUCGAAAUCCUGAUUGA